AUGUAUUUCUGGGUUGGUUGGGCGCUCUGGCAGAAACUGAGCUUUACACAGAAGUAUGCCACCGCCGAAGCACGACAGAAAGCAGAGAUGCAACCCAUGCUGGCCGAACCGAGCGAGAUACCGUUUGGUGCUAGAGCUCUGGAGAAGGGGAUUCAAGUAGAAGGCAUAUGGACACCCGAUUGCCGUUCUGCGAGACAAUCCACCACUCACUCGGGUAGUAGACCUGAAAGUAUUGCGUCGGCACCCAAGCCGACGUUGAUGGCGUUGACAGGAGAUGAUAUCCAAGGUCUUGAGCGGACAUACCAACCGGCACCUAGCCCGAGCCUCUAUGAUCAGUGCAACUCCCCAAAGGUUCUAGACAUUGAAUAUGGACAAUCAGAGUACAUCUCUCUCUCACCAACCAACCAGUCUCUACAACUGGAUGGCCCCAUUAGUAUUGAACCGGAAUGCCCUCCAGAUCUAGACAAGCGUCGCUCAAGGUGGUUUGGUGCGCGAAGCUCCUGGGUCAAGAAGCCCUUCGAUAGUUACAAAAGAAGAUCAACACCAGAGGGUCUUCGCCGCACUUCAUCGGAGAGCUUCAGAAGGAGAAUCAGCAAAAUUAUAGACGAGAACAUCCGGACAAACCCAGCUGAAAUAUAUCAACUAAGAGCCAUUAACCAGGAGACGCUCGAAGGCCGUAGAACGCCAUCACCGACGAGGUCGCAAGGGUUUUCAAAUGACGUGCUAUGA